CGGUCCAUUUUCAGCUCACCUUGGAGGUCGUAAACCAUAACCACAGCCCCCCUCCCCUCUCAUUCUCCUCCUUCACCUCUGAAGGAUUGUCUUUUCUAAAGAGGGAAUUCGUCCUCUGAAGAGUGUGACCCCCCAUUCCAGCAGCAUCUCCACAAACCCCCUUCAAGGAAAAUGAGACUGGGAAAAAUGUGCCGACUAAACGCACUGGGGAUAUAUUUGUGGGAAACUCUAGUAUUUUUCAGCUUAGCGGCGUCCAAAGAAGCUGCGGCGAGGAAAGCUGCCUCCCCGAUGCCUCCUUCAGAGUUUCUGGACAAACUCAUGGGCAAGGUUUCAGGUUACGAUGCCAGAAUCCGACCAAAUUUUAAAGGCCCUCCUGUCAACGUAACCUGCAACAUUUUUAUCAACAGUUUUGGGUCCAUAGCUGAAACAACAAUGGACUACAGAGUGAACAUCUUCCUGAGGCAGCAGUGGAAUGACCCUCGGCUGGCCUACAGCGAAUAUCCCGAUGACUCGCUGGACCUUGAUCCGUCUAUGUUGGACUCUAUCUGGAAACCUGAUUUGUUCUUUGCCAACGAGAAAGGGGCCAACUUUCAUGAGGUCACCACUGACAACAAGCUGCUGCGCAUCUCGAAAAACGGAAAUGUGCUUUACAGCAUACGAAUAACUCUGGUCCUGGCCUGUCCUAUGGAUCUGAAAAACUUCCCGAUGGAUGUCCAGACCUGCAUCAUGCAGCUAGAGAGCUUCGGCUACACCAUGAACGACCUCAUUUUUGAGUGGGACGAGAAGGGAGCUGUGCAGGUGGCAGACGGCCUGACUUUACCUCAGUUUAUUCUCAAAGAAGAGAAGGACCUGCGUUACUGCACCAAACAUUACAACACAGGUAAAUUCACCUGUAUUGAGGCUCGUUUCCACCUGGAGCGUCAGAUGGGUUACUACCUGAUCCAGAUGUACAUCCCCUCCCUGCUCAUUGUGAUCCUGUCCUGGGUUUCCUUCUGGAUCAACAUGGAUGCUGCGCCUGCCCGAGUCGGUCUGGGCAUCACCACGGUGCUGACCAUGACCACACAGAGCUCCGGUUCCAGAGCCUCACUACCCAAGGUGUCCUACGUGAAAGCCAUUGAUAUCUGGAUGGCCGUCUGUCUGCUCUUCGUUUUCUCGGCUCUGCUGGAAUACGCCGCUGUCAACUUCAUUGCCCGCCAACACAAGGAGCUGCUGCGCUUCAGACGGAGGCGACGACACAUGAAGGAGGAGGACCAGGGCGAUGGGCGCUUCAACUUCCCCGGCUAUGGCAUGGGCCCCGCCUGCCUGCAGGCUAAGGACGGCAUGGCCAUCAAGGGUAACAACAACAACGCUCCGACCUCGGCCGCGCCCGAGAAGAGCAUCGAGGAGAUGAAGAAGCUGUUCAUCAGUCGGGCCAAGCGCAUUGACACGGUGUCUCGUGUGGCCUUCCCGCUUGUCUUCCUCAUUUUUAACAUUUUCUACUGGAUCAUUUACAAAAUCAUCCGCAGUGAGGACGUCCACAAGCAGUAGUGGAGAGGGGGAGGAUGAAAGGGAUGCGGAACUAAGAAUUCAGCUAAACAAAACAAAACAAAAAACCACAAAUAUGACUUCGGUAGCAGACAUUGCCCUCUUUUCCAACCAUUUAACUUGUCCCUCUUCCUUCACCUUUUCCCUUUUUUGCUGCUUUUUAACCCCCUCAAAAAAAAAGAUCCAUCCGAUCCUAUUGUUUGCAUUUAUUGCCCCCACCACCCCUGGAUCCCAGAAAAUUCUGGACCAGUGCAAUAGCAAUGCAUUUAAAUGCAUGAUAUAUGAAUGUGGCAAUAUAUUAAAGAGGAACAGCGAAACCACAAACUUUCACAGGCAAACACGACAAACUGUUUGGGAGUGAAGGAACUGAAACAAGAGGAGAUGAUGUAUUUGAUUUGAGCUUUUCUUUUGUGUGUGAAGACAGAUAUAUUAUUCUAUAUGAACACAUGAGGUGUGGGUGGAGGGUUGGGGAUGUGCAAGAGGGAUACUGCAGUGUAUUAUACUCAUAUUUAUCAUAUUUGGAAAAUUUAUAAACUUUAUUUCCAAAGGUGGGCCUCUGGAACGAAGGAUGUUUCACUAAAAACAAAAAAGAAAAAAGGAAGGAAGGCGUGUCAGGGCUUCCACUUAAUGAAUUGAUGCAAAGAUCACAUUCUAUAUAUCUAGAUUUGCUUCAAAGAUGUAUUGCAAGUACUUGUCGAAGCUCCUCCCCCCCCCCCUGCUGCCAACAAGAACUGCAGACACUUGAAGUCUGUCGCUGCCGCUUGACAAGUACGAAAAAAGACGAAAUGACUGGACACGCAGUGCUGAGAAAUCUCUGAUCAACAUCUCGACAGUCCUUAAAUGAUUAUUUUUAUGUACUAUAAUUAACUCAUGUGCCAAUUAAAUGAUGUGGCUGCACUCCACUUCAGGGUUUCAUCUGGGGAAGGGGAGCGGGUGUUUUAUUCUUUAGAUGACUGAAAUCCUUCAUUUGAUGCCAUCAGCAGAAGAAAGACCAUCUCGAUCCUUGAUGGAGUUCUUCACCCGUUUUUCGUCGCUGUGUUUUCUGAAAUUUAAACAUGUUUAAAUUUUAGCAGCACUUCCUUGCUUUGACCCUGCCUCAGUGCGAUGCUGAAAAUUCAACCCAUCCUGUUCCCAUCUGAGACAACAAAUACUUUAAAUUAUGCAGAUUUACAACAACUGUUACAUCCUAAAUAAAUGUACUUCCAUCUCACUCACAAACACCAACUGUAGCUGCAAACAUCCUGAACCACCACCACCCAGUCAGAGUUCAAUGACAGGAUUUCUGUAGUUGUGUUGCACGAGUAUCGAUCAGUCUAACAGGAUGAUGCGAUCGAUGUUUUUGCUUUGCACCAGGCUUUUCUAUGCAAUAAUCAGUAUAUGCAAUUUUGAUUUUUAUCACUUCAGAGCUCUUCCAUCUCCAGCAGUACCCUUCAGAGAGCUUUGCUUCUUUCAUCAAACUGCUACUUCUAAAGUCAAAUGUGAUUAUGUGUUAGAAUGUUUAAGGUAGAAACCUAUUGAGGCACUUUGGUCCCGAGGCAUGCAGGAUACUGCAUGAAACUCUGUUUUGUAGAAAGCAAUCGGCAAGAAGCAAGUUGAGCCAAAUUACGCCAAUCAGAUGAUAGAACUAAAGUUCAGCAAUUUGGCUCGUUGUUGAGAUUAUUUUCCAGUUUUUGCACAAGUCGUUUAAUAUUUUGCUCAUUUAUCUCCUACUCAAAUUACCCCAAAGAGGUUUUAUUUUCAUAAUGCAGAAAUUGAUAGAAAGUUUUUGGUCUACUUUCUCUUGUGAAAGAUAUAAUAAGAUAUAUUACAGCAUCUCAAUGCUGUCCUUUCCAUUUUAAAUCAUGCAGUUUGUAUGUUUAUUUACCCAGCAAGCAUAUUAUAGCAUUCAGCUGUUCAAAGGAAUGACUAUAUAUAUCAUCCAGGAAAAGCCGGAAAUACUACGAAUGUGUGUUAUUAUUAUUAAUAUAGUCAUUAUUAAUAUGAACAUAUAAAUGUUACAUGUUAUGCUAAGGUGUCCACCCACUGUGUUGUUACAGUACCAGCUCCUUUGGAGCUCAUGUGCUGUGUAGAGCAGGAAACCAGUACAAACUGGACUUGCUGCUCCCAUUACACGGCAUAUGUAUCUAGGACUCAUACGACUGGUACCAUUUCAAACUGUAUAACACCCAGGACGGUCUAACCUGUGAAACACACAUUCUUGGAGUUUUUUUAUCCAAAUGUGAGACACUUUCAUGUGGACAGUUUUAAGUUGUAUUGCAGCAUGACAAUGUGUGUUUUUAAUUUAACUCAUCAAAAUUCUGAUGCUUUUGAGAUGAAGGUGCCAUAAAAUCUGCACCACCCAACAGCUGAGCCAUUAUAUUGAGAAGUUCCUGCCCAAUUAGGCCAUUAUAUUUUGACAUUGAUUUUUUUAUCACUUGCUUAGAACACACCGACUUAUUGUUAAAAAUAGAAGAAUGGACAGAAUUCGAUAAAACAAAUGUAACAUUUGUGUUAAGUUUUGUUUUAAUCAACUUUUACCAAAAUCUGGAGCUAAAAAGGACAAAUUAACAGAUUAAACUCUAAUUCCUAAAAUGUUUAGAAUUAUAUCAGCUUGAAACAUGUUGCUUAUGCUGCAAUACACAGUGUGAAAAACCUGAUUAUAUUGCUCUAAUAAAGAUAGUUUUCUAGGUAUAGCUUACAUAUUUAGUCACAAAAGCUAGAUUAAAAAACAGCCUGUUAACCUGUUGAAAGCCCACAUCGAUGCUGUUUACAUAAUGUAGCAUACAUGGUAUCUUUGAGACAAACUAAGUUGUGCUUGUUGGACUUGUGAAGUCAAAGCCCAAACUUUACAUGUUCAAUUUAAUUUUCUUCCUUUUUUUUUUUUUUUUUUUUGCAGAACCAAGGUAUAAACAUAGCUUUUACAUAAGAGUAUGCUCGUGGUUAAGAUUUAUAUGUCUACUUUUCUUUUUGGAACAAUCAGCUGCAAAUGUUUCCAGAGAAAAAUAAACUUCCUUCCAAGGUACUUGAGUUGAUCUCGUCUGCCACCAUUUACAGUGAAAAUCCUGAAAUAUUUGAAAAGCAUUUUUAUUUUGCAUGUCUAAAACCCCUAGCGCUUCCCCUUUUAAAUUUCCCUCUUUUGUUUUGUUUAUUUAUUUUUAUUAUUUAAUCAUCAUGAUCAUCAUCAUCAUUAUUUAUUAGUUGAAGUCAAAAAUAGACUCAGAGAUUCAAUUAUGUUAUUUAUCUAUGUAAAAAGUCACAUUUAUUUGUUGUAUUUAAAGUCACAUUAGUCCUCAUCACACACUGGUGAAAGUGUAUCUCCACAUUUGACCCAUCCCUGUGGGGAGCGGUGAGCUGCAGCUGUGGCUGUGCUCCGGACCCAUUUGUUGGUUUAAAGUGAGUUUUACAGCAUGUGAUGCUGACACCUGAAAACACAAAGUUCCCAAAACAAUAUGUUUGAAACUUUUCUACCUCCAGAAAAAUGAGCUUUAAGGCAAAAGUUUAAAAACGCCAACUGGACCUGUUGGAAAGUCAAAUGGAACCAUGCUAAGUCUCUGCAGAGCUGUAUACUGUCGUGGGCUAAUAAAAAGUCUCAUAAUGUUAUUUUAAAUGUCUGAAGAAAUGGCCGCUGAGAAAUAAACUGGGCUAGAUUCUGUUUCCAUGUGGAGCUCGUAAAAGCGAACCUCACCACCUCCCGGUCUCCCUGUUCCUAUCGAAGCCUCCUUCUCUCUGAUCGCAGCUUGAACCUGAGCAGGCUCAGUCUAAUUAUGAUGACUUGUUUUUCCUACUGUGUCACAAACACUGAAACUAGAAGCACUUCUGUCCUCGAGCCAACAGCAGUCAUCCAUUCCCCUACAUAUCUUCUUGUGCCAUAUGGAGGUUGAAUAUGCAAACGAAAACAAAGACCUACAAGCAUAUCAUGCAUUCAUUCAGCCACCAUUUUUACAUGAUUCAUGACCGUUUUCUGGCGUGGGUCCAUGUGUUUAUCAUAAUCACUGUAUAGCGUUGUCAUCGGCCUCAUUUCAUUGUAUUAAUCACUGGUUAAAUAUAUGUGUUUGGGGUAGAGAGGGCAUCACAGUACAAGAUGGCUGCUCGGUUCUGUUGCGUUAUGAUAUGAUGCCGAUGGACUGAAAUAAACAAGAAAAGGGGAGUUUUGAAACCUUCAUUUCUGAAUCUGAAAUGGAUUUUAAAGUAGCAUGAUUUGAUAUUUUGAUGAAUGGUUUAUUUCUGAGGUUUUGUUUGUUUCCCUUGUAUUUUGCUGUAUGUAAUGUGCAAUCUGAUGCCCAGAAGAAGGAGGAAAACACGAUGAACCCCGAACUGCUGUGAACUAAAGGAAUAAUAAUUAAUAUUGUUAUUAUUUAUUGAUCUUCUUUGCAAAAGUUGGAAUGGCCUUAAUUUUUUUUUUUGCUUUACUUGCUUCUAUUGUGUGUUGGCACAAAGUGCACCUGUUUCUUUUGCGGAUUUCCGACGCUUAUAAUCUGAAAGUGCACAUCAAGGCAAGAUGAAAAAUGUUCAGCAAAUUAAUUUUAUUUUUCAUUAAUCCGAGAAACAAUAUUUUGCAUGAAUAUGAAUAAAAUGGCAGAUAUUUUGGCUUGUACAAAAAAUGUGAAGCAAUUUAAAAAGAAAAAAAGAAUGUACCGUUCCUGCUGUAUCUGUAUAUAUCUAAAUAUUUAUUGAAACAUGUCAUACUACUAAUUCUAUUAAUGAUUAAAGGUUUUCUGGACAAAACUCUCUUUACCUGUUUUUGAACAUUGUCGAGAUGGUUGGAGUUGGAUCUUCAGCUUUCUGUUACUCAACUCAAGGAUCUGUGUAAUCAUUAAAGAAAAAGUAUUAAAAAUUACAAAUAAACAUGUUCUGUGAGAUUUCUUGUUCAUCAAAACUCCAUAAAGUUAUUUCUGAGACAAAAUAUUUAACAUAGAAAAAGUUUGCAUUCAGGUAGCAACAGCCGGGUUUGAGUUAAGAGCACUUCAUGCUUCCUGCUGCUGACCAACUUUAUGGAGAUGCAGAUUUCAUUUCCCAAGAUGACUUGGCACCUGCACACAGUGCCAAAGCUAC